AUUGACGAAGGAUCAAGAUCACCCGCUGUUAGACCUGUGUCAACACCUCAUCUAACCACUGCUGGAUCAACCAUCAGUACAUACCUCGACCCUUAUAGCACAAGAGACAAUAACAGACAUUCGAACCCAGAACCUCCACCAGUUAGUGUCAGUAUAUUUUUUUAACAAAGUUACUUGUGGGGGCAGUUCUAGCCUCAUCUGCAAGAAGGGGUGGCGCAUGGGGGAGCCUUACUGCCCACUCUCUUCUGCAGUCUGCAAUGCUACUAUCCCAACAUUACCAUUAUUUGAGAUGACCAAUCUGCAUGUUUGCCUUUCUGUUACGUUUUACCUUAUAUUUUUUUUGUAAAGUUUAUAUCGGCUUUUUAUCACUUAUGCGUGGUUGGAUAGUUGUUGUAGCACAGUACAGUAAAUUCGCUUGUUAAACUACAGUAUAUUUGAAAAUAUGGCUGUAUAACAACCUCAACAUGAUUUUGUCUGUGUUGGUGUAAUGUACUCAGGUGAAUAUGAUGUUUGUGGUGUUACUCUGAGUGUAUAUCCACGCCGGGCAAGCUUGAAAAAUAUGCCUGGCCACGGUGGGAAUCGAACGUACGACCUUUGGAAUACUAGCCCAAUGCUAUAUUAUUUACAUAUUUAACCAUGAUUUUAAUAAAAAAUUUACUUCUUUGCAGAGACAUGUUGUGCCCCCGCGACCCCCUAUACCAAUGGUAAGAUUGAAGAUUCAACAGUUCAAAAAACUUUCCCAAAAAUAUUGAAAAUGUCAUGAAAGACUUAAUAGAAUAUCUUUAUUUAUUUUCAGCCUAGUGGACCAUUACUUGCCAGAGCUGUGAUAGAUCGAGUGUGCACCCCUUACGAUAACAAUCAAAUUGCCUUCAAGGUAUGUUGUUCAUUGUGGAUUUGUGGGCCACCCUGGUAUGACCUGAUGUUGUACAGACUACAGAACUCACUGCUGAGUUAAGCAUGGUUAGAUGAUACAGAGGUAGUACAUGUUCUUGAAUGUGAGCUACCUUAAAGUGAUCUGAUGUUGUACAGAACUCACUGCUGAGUUAAGCAUGGUUAGAUCAUACAGAGGUAGUACAUGUUCUUGAAUGUGGGCUAUCUUAAGGUGAUCUGAUGUUGUACAGAACUCACUGCUGAGUUAAGCAUGGUUAGAUCAUACACAGGUAGUACAUGUUCUUGAAUGUGGGCUACCCUAAAGUGAUCUGAUGUUGUACAGAACUCACUGCUGAGUUAAGCAUGGUUAGAUCAUAUAGAGAUAGUACAUGUUCUUGAAUGUGAGCUACCUUAAAGUGAUCUGAUGUUGUACAGAACUCACUGCUGAGUUAAGCAUGGUUAGAUCAUACAGAGGUAGUACAUGUUCUUGAAUGUGAGCUACCUUAAAGUGAUCUGAUGUUGUACAGAACUCACUGCUGAGUUAAGCAUGGUUAGAUCAUACAGAGGUAGUACAUGUUCUUGAAUGUUGAGAUUAACUUUCCGUGAAAAGGUGACUUGGUUAGCGCUUACUUAGUGAUAUAGUUUUUGCAUGUAUUAUGUUUUUAUUUGUCUAUAAUGUCCUGCCAUGAAGGCACAAUAAACAUAAAAACCUAAUGUUUUUAUUUCUUUUAUAGAAAGGUGAUUUGCUAAAAGUAACCAAGCAAAACGAUAACGGAAUCUGGGAAGGCGAAUUACACGGAAAAACGGGCGAGUUUCCAAUGUCUCAUGUAAGCCUAAUCGACCCAAAUACGAUGGAACCAUAUUCGAAUGGUUAUUGA